AUGGGUUUUGGACAGAGUGAUCAAAACGAUACCAGAUACCAGCAGAUAUCGCUGACGGUCAACACAUUGGAGCUCCCAUCACCUACCAAUACCUCCUCUGUUGUAGCGUCCAGAAAGGUCAACAGCAUGCCGCCAUGGGUUACUGCUGGACUGCCCAUCUUUACCUACUGCGUUGCCAGCAUCGUGAUGACAGUGACCAACAAGUUUGUUGUGAGUGGCGACUUCAACAUGGUCUUCUUCUUGCUGACCAUUCAGAGUCUGGUCACUGUGUUCUUUUUGCAAGCAUUCAAAUUCUUGAACCUGAUCAAGUACCGCGAGUUUGACGCUGAAACAGCAAAGAAAUGGUAUCCUAUCGUUGUCUUCUUGGUAGCCAUGAUCUACACUGGCUCAAAAGCACUGCAAUAUCUGCCUAUCCCGGUGUAUACUAUCUUUAAGAACCUAACUAUUAUCUUGAUUGCUUAUGGCGAGGUGUUGUGGUUUGGCGGAAAUGUUACGUCCAUGAUGAUGAUGUCCUUUGGUUUGAUGACCUUGUCGUCUGUGGUGGCUGGCUGGAACGAUGUCUCUGCUGCGAUACAGUCAAUGCUAGAUGUAACAAAGGCUCUGACAAGCGUGAAUGGUACCACCAUGCUGGGCUACUUUUGGAUGGCUGUCAACUGUCUCUCAUCGGCCUCAUUUGUAUUGUACAUGCGCAAACGCAUCAAGCUGACCAAUUUCAAGGAUUUCGAUACAGUCUACUACAACAACUUGCUCUCUAUUCCCUUGCUGAUCGUUCCUAGCUUACUGCUGGAGGAUUGGUCUCAUGAGAACUUGAUGGUAAAUUUUCCUCCUGAGCAACGUCAAGCACGCAUUUGGGCCAUGAUCUUCUCUGGCGUCUCCGCGUUUGGCAUGUCGUAUGCUUCUGCCUGGUGUGUACGUACAACAUCCUCCACAACAUACUCGAUGGUGGGCUCACUCAACAAGCUGCCCAUUGCCAUCUCAGGUAUCGUGUUUUUCGGUGAUGUAGCAACCUUUGGCAAUGUGUCGGCUAUUCUGAUGGGCUUUGUUGCUGGUAUGGUGUACUCGUAUGCAAAGGCGUUUCCCAGCAAAAAGCCCAAGGAUACGACUACCAUCUCCUCUGCCUCAAGCCAAAGCUACUCUGAUGCUGCCAAUGUGAUUGAAAAGAUCAACAUCGAGAAAAUGAACUCAUAG